GGACCUGCCUUUAUCAUGCCCUUUCUUUAUCUCGGCGCCGAAUCCAAUGCGGCAGAUCUUACCCAGCUCCGUAAAUACCAUAUCCAAUGUCUGCUCAAUCUGGCAGCCGAGAAAAUGAACCUUAACAAGGACGAUGAGCCAAAGAUGUCUUACAAAAAGAUGCCCUGGCAACACCACCAGGCCAAUCUGGCAACCGAACUCGAAGUGGCCCUGGAGGCCAUUGAUCGGGCACGCGAGACCGGCCAAUCGAUUCUGGUACACUGCCAGUGUGGAGUAGCGCGUUCGGCGACCGUGAUCGUGGCAUAUGUGAUCAAGACUCUGCGGCUGCCACUCCAGGAGGCCUACGAUUAUGUCAAGGCACGCGCACCGGCCAUCAGUCCCAAUCUCGGUUUGCUCUAUCAAUUGCGUGAAUUU